AUGAUUGAUACCGAUGAUGCAAAGUCCAAGCGCAACUUCAAGAAACUGUCCAAGUGCAUGGGUGACAAGCUCGACAAGGAGAAAGAAUGGUACGUGACUCACUGCCAAUGGCACUACGGCCAGCUUGCACCUGCAGCGACGAAGGGCUCUCAUGUGACGGCGAACCUUGACGACAUAUUUCACUCAACAUCUCUCGACUUCCCAUCUUUCAUCUCUGAUGACUUUCGCCUGACUGCCCUUCUGUACCCUACUCCUACUGUCAUGAAUUCCAUGACCUAUGACGAAGAAGCCAUCUCCGGUUCACCUAGGAAUUCAGAUGGCUUCAGCAUUGUCCGCCUGACAAUUGAACUGCCACUGGACGAUCUCAUCAGCACAGGCAGCAUGAUUGACAUCUGCGUUAAGGGCUGUGAUGUCCAGAAAAAUGUCAAGAUGAGCCUCCAUCAGCUUGGACUGUACCCUGAGCAGCGACAUGAGUGA